UGCCUUGUUGCUUAUAUUAAAAAAGCAAGAAAAAAAAAAGAAAAAAUUGAUCAAUUGAUUUAAUUGAGAUUAAUUAUUACUAUUAUAUAUAUACACACACACACACAAGCAAGAACGAGAAAUAAAAUAAAUUGAACGAGCUUGUUUCUUUGAUAUGAAUGUCACCAGUAGACCCUUCCAGUUCUCACCAGAGACACCCUUUGGUCUUCACCUCUACCCGAUCUUUGAAAAGAUUUAUGAAGCCGGAGUAGGAAAGCCGGCAUCUGAUUUCAGGUUUACUUCUGGAGUCACUCAAUUCUCAACCACAACUGAAGUGGUCGUGACAUGCUUGACAUACUACGCUGUCAUUUUUGGUGGUCGUUACCUGAUGACCAAUGUUCCAGCCUUCCGGCUCAGUACCCUCUUCCAGAUCCACAAUGCCCUCCUGACCCUGGUUUCAGGAUCCCUACUGGCCCUGAUGGUCGAACAAAUCUUCCCAAAGAUCUAUCGUCACGGUUUGUUCUACUCUGUCUGUGCCGAAGAAGCCUGGACUCAGCCUCUAGAACUGCUCUACUAUCUCAAUUAUCUUGUCAAGUACUGGGAAUUGGCAGAUACUUUGUUUAUGGUUGCCAAGAAGAAGAAACUUGAGUUCCUCCAUUAUUUCCACCAUAGUAUGACAAUGGUACUUUGUUACGUCCAACUAGAAGGCAGGACUUCAGUGUCGUGGGUCCCAAUCGUUCUCAAUUUGACUGUCCACGUAUUGAUGUACUACUAUUACUUCCGUACUGCAUCUGGAGUCAGGAUCUGGUGGAAAAAAUACUUGACCACGAUGCAGAUCACUCAGUUUAUCAUUGAUCUGUUUGUGAUCUACUUUUGCACUUAUGUUCUCUUGGCCGGCCACCAUCUGCCAAGCAUCUCAAAUCUGGGAACCUGCGCAGGCACCGAUGCAUCGGCUCUCUUUGGCUGUGGACUCUUGACCUCAUACCUCUUCCUCUUCAUCAGCUUCUACAAGGCCACAUACAAGCAAAAAGCAGCCGCAAACACGGGUGGUGCCCAACAACAACAACAGCAGCAGCAGCAGCCAGCCUCAAAGAUUACUGAACAGCAGCAAUUGCCAAAGAGUAAAAAGAUCUUUUAAAAAAAAUAAUAUUUUAAAGUGUUUCCAUUUCAAAUUCUUGUGUGUGAAAAUAUAAAUCACCAAAAAAGAAACACUAUAUAGUACAUUACACCACAAACAAACUAUAUUACACUUCACUUCACUUACAUCCCACUACAGUCACAUAUCAAUACACAUCUUCCUCACCACAAAUACCACCAGUAUCACAAUAUACACCUCUUUGUUCUUUAUCUUGACAAACC